GAAGCAGUCAAUAAACUUUCCACUUGUCUGCUGAUUUUCUAACCUAAAAAUGAUAAACACUAAACAGCAGACGUUGACGUGAGUGUUGUUGGAAUAAUUCCACAAGUUUAAUUUUGAAGUUUGUAAUCAAGUAAAGUAUUUAUUGCUCUAUUCCUACGUUCAAUCCAACUUCAGUUUUUUACCCCUUUUAGAAGUUGAAACUGUUACAAUGAAGAAGUUGUCGGAGCUACGACCAGACAAAAGUCUACUGAAUCCAAACUUCAAUGGCUACAAGUUAUCCUUGGCAAGCAUACCAUCCUAUAAUCUUGCCUUCGAAAAGGGCGUUGAUCAAGUAUCUCCUAGUGAUGAUCAAUAUUCGUUCCUUUAUGCAAAACUAUUCAGCCUUCAUAACUACUUAAUUGCGGAUAAAUGGAACGCGGGUCACUUAUAUUUCAUCGAUAGAGACUGGAGAAUUCAAAAAAUUGUCAUGAACGAAUCAGAUUUGGUGGAGAAAACAGAAGCCGUAUGGGAAAUUCCAAGCAAUCACAAACGAGCACCUGGUCAUUACUUCCCUUCCAUAUCGUUUCCAUCUCAAGACUUGGCUGUAGUAGCGGAUGGAGCUGGGACACUUCAUAUUAUUUCCAGGAAGACAACUUGGGAGGCGAACUAUAGCGAGGAGGUGAUCGGAAAGGAAACGCCUUUUGUUGUGUAUGACAGUCAGUGUGAGGAAACCAAUUCUCAAUGUGUCCUUCACUGUUUGGCUGUUCAUGUGAAAUCAGAAGAAGAUUCCAAGGAAUGUGAUCCAUCCAAUCGUUAUGUAACAGUUAUCGACUGGUUAUCAUUGCUACAAGAAUCUUCUGGAAGUUGGUCGAUGAAAAAUAUCCGUCAGUUACAAGGUGCUGGGUUACCAGACUAUAUAACCUUGGAACCUGGAUGCAAAAACAUCUACUUGGUAAAUGAGUCUCCUUUCAAGUUUAUUUCUGACUCAGAAAAUCCAGUCAUUGUUGAGGAGAUUGACGACAAGAAGAGCAAUAUUCCGGAUUCUGAAAAAUUGUACAAGUGGCAGCAGAAUGAUGAAGAAAUCAAACUAUCAUUCGAGUUUGAAAACAAAAUAGAGAAAAGUGAAAUCAAAAUUAUAGCUACCUGUAAUAACUUUUCGCUCAAAUACAAAGAGAAGCUCAUUCUGUCGGGAUCGCUAUUUCAUCGCAUUGAUAACGAUUUAACAUUGUGGACACUACAAGAUAACAAGUUAGAAGUGACUGUACAGAAAGAAGAAAAAGGACUUAUGUGGAGAGAAUUUGUGACAGGUGACAGUCACGGGGAAGAGGUUCUCGACGAAAGUGUGGUCAGUGAAGUUCAUCAGAGGCUGUCACAUCUCUGUUCAGAUACUCCGGUAAAGGAUAUCGAUGUGUGUGGGUCUGCCCCGUCCUUCAACAUGGAACAAUUGGAGGACUGUGAUAGCACACCUGGAGAGUACAAAGUCCUCAUGAGGGUGGACGGUGUCACUCAUGAAGUCACUGGCGAGUACACCCUAGCAGGCCACCAAUGGCUGUUCAGCAUUGAGCAGUCGACCAGCUCAGCAGCCGCCAUUUGCAUUCGCCACGAUGUCGACGCGUGCGUGUGGCAGCCUCGAGCGGUCAACCAUCCACCGGCGGCACCGUGGCCGUGUCAGCACAUCGGCACCUUCUAUGCGUUCGGCUAUGUGCAAGCUUCAAAGCAGAACAAGAAGUUCCUGCUCAGUCCGCCAGAUUUAUCUUACGUUGUUGUAUGUGAGGCUUCGAACCACGUGCUGGUCUACCGACAAUCGAUGCCCGUUGACGGCGAUCUGAGGAACAGGAGAACGGGGGGGAGGGUCAGUGAGGUGGGGAUCCAACAACUCAUCAAACUCGAGUCGAACAGUGUUGUCCUGGGAGCCGUCGCCACCAAUCGGAGUCUCUUCAUUCUGCACGAGGAUUGCUUACAACAAUACCGAAUAAAUCAGUAGACUUCAACAUCAACUUGCCAUUUCAUUGCAACCCUGUUUAGGAUUUCAAACGAUGUUAGAGUUGAUUAGGUCGGUGCUACCGUAGAGAAAAGAUGGCAUAAGAGGAUAUCCCUUGAUAGUACUAUAGAAAAAAUAUAGCAUAAGAAGAUAUCCCGUGGACGUUUGUGUUCCAAUUUCACAAGUGUCAUUCAAAAACGAUAUAGACGUAGCUACGUUUUUCGGAAGAGACUAUAAGCCGUCGUUCCCAUCUACCUAAAAAGUAGUCAUCUCUCAUCAUCAUCCCUCUCACUCAUUACCCACGCACAAGCCUAAGAGCUUAUUUGGGCAUCACCCUCAGUAUUAUUAUUAGUUCUAAAAAUUCGACUGAGUAACUGUAAAUAUUGUAGAACCGUUCCAUAAUUAAAUAAAAACACAUAUGAAACUGUGUAGAAUUUGACAACAUAAUGUAUGUUUUUAUUUAAUUAUUAGUGCAGCUAUGCGACGCUGGUAGUCUCUCAUACUGUGCCGUUCUUACACUCUCACCCAGGAAACACAGUAAUGAUAGACAAUAGUCAAUAGUAAUCGGCUUGAAAUUUGUAACAUAAACCACCUGUAUCGUUGUAUAUCUAUUUGUGCUAUCUUUUCUCUAAUGUAACUACUACUUAAUGAAGAACAACACUGUGAAGAGAGAAUAACAGUGUAAUAAAUCACCCUCCAACGUACCCGCCAUAUCACGCCCGUGUUUCGGCCGACCGAUGAAGGUUGGGAAGGAAUAUUUUGGAAAUUGAACUCCAGCGAAACUUGCCUUCAUAAUUGGCCUUUUCUAGCUCUCUAGAGGAACACUCCACUCAUGAAAAGAAUACGAGCGUUGUGGUCGAAAGUGGAGAAGGAAUUAAAAGAAGCGACAAUAAAAAGAGACAACUAUUCUCUGUACUGUAUCCAUUUCCUAAAUGGUAGUUUGAAAAUUUGUAACAUCGUAUCCAUUGUCUAUUGCUAGAUUACUAUAAUAUUUUUUAAUGUGAGAUACUAAUAAUAAUUUUACAUCACCGUGCUUCAUGGAAAUUUUUAAAAUUCCAAGUGAGAAGGGAGUAGUAGUGAAUUAGAGGGAGUGGAGGAGUAGUAGUUUGGAAAUAGAAAUGUCGGGAAAAUAGUCUACCUCACAUGCAUACUACUGCAAACUGAUGUGUUAAUAACAAAAUUCACUAGGAAACUGCACUACACAGGAAAACAUUCCGCUCCAGCUUUGGAGUGCUUAGUUUUAUAUAAAACAAAAUGAGUCAAAAGAGUGCUGUACUAAUUCAUCCAUAUUUGAAAAACUAUUAAGAGAAAUUAAUAAAAAC